AUGAAAGUGUGGAGAGCUAAAGAAAAGGCAAUGGAAAUAGUAAGAGGGAAACCAAGUGUAUCUUAUGGGGAGUUGCCGUCAUACCUGUAUAUGUUGGAGUACACAAAUCCAGGAACGGUUACAAGGCCAAUAAUGGUGGUUGAUAGGAGCUUUCUUAUAGCAGUAUAUAAGGGGACUAUAUUGACUGCUAGUACACUGGACGCAGCUGUAAGGCAUAUCUUCGUUGAACCAGAGUUGCAAAGUGCUUCUGAAUGGAAUAUCCUACCGCUAGCCUAUGCACUCGUCGACUCAGAAAAUGAAGCAUCUUGGGGAUGGUUCUUCAUGCAAUUGAAGAAUACUUUUGGGGUUCGGGAAGGAAUGUGUAUUAUUUCGAAUAGACAUGAUAGCAUCCAGAAUGCAACAUCAACUGUUUACCUAGAAGUGCCCCAUUGUUUCUGCAUCUACCAUUUGCGGAACAACGUCAAGGAUCUAUUCAGAAAAAAUAAGGAAAAAGCGAGACAUAUCUUUUUUGGUUUGGCUAAGGCUUACACCAUUGAAAGGUUUGAACGCUACAUGAACGAAUUGAAGAAAAUUGAUUGGCGAGUGCAACCUUACUUGUUCAAUGUUGGGUAUGAACGGUGGUCUAGAGUAUCCUGUAGAGUGAAAAGGACAAUUUUCAUGACCUCCAAUAUAGCUAAGUCAAUGAAUUCGACAAACAAAUUUGCCAGAGAGCUUCCAGUAAGACGCUUGCUAGAGUUUUUGAUAAAGUUGAUGACACAAUGGAGCUACGAAAAUAGAAAACGUGCAACGAAGUCUACAGAGCUUGGAAAAAUGUAUAGCAAGAAGUUGAACAAAAAUAUGAUUGCAUCCAUAAUAAAUGUCUUCUGUUUUCUUGAAAACACUGUAGGCGAUACCUUUUGCGGACUAGUUGUAUACAGUGGUUGA